UUUGCUUUUCUCUAUUUAAGAAUGCCAUUUAUCAAUUCUCUUUGCAAUAUUUUCAUGGAUACAGUGACUGUCUUCCCUCCAAAUCCUCAAUGUUUGAUGACCCCACCAAUCCCUUUCAAGCCAGCCUCACAGCUCCUCUCCCGCCUCACCCCCGCCACGUUCAGGCUCUUCUCCACCAUCUCCACCGCCACGGCCCUCACUGCGAAUUCCGCCGACACUGAAACAGUAACAAUAGUUUCAGAACCCUCGACCCCAAAACCUAGGUCCAACGGCGGUGGCUCACGUGGCGGCGCGAGGGAUAAAAAGUCGAAUUUGAACGCCAACCAAUAUAGGCUGAACUGGUUGGAGUCCCUGUCCUGCCCGUUGCCGGACAUUGAUGGGAACUUGACAUCUGAAAAACCCGGCCUGGGUUGGGUCAUCGGGGUUGACCCGGACCUUUCUGGAGCCUUGGCUGUUCUGAAGCCCGAUAAUUCUCCCCAGGUAUAUGAUUCUCCUAUCUUAAAAGUGCUGGUUGGGAAAAGAGUUCGGAAGCGUCUUGAUGUGAAGUCCAUCAUUCAAUUGCUUCAAAAUGUUGAUGCUCCAAGUGGAACAUCUGUCUACAUAGAGCAAUCGAGUCCAUUUCCCAAAGAUGGCAAGCAGGGAUGGUGGAGUGGAGGAUUUGGAUAUGGACUAUGGAUAGGCAUUUUGGUUGCCUCGGGAUAUUCUGUUGUUCCAGUUCCAUCUGCUUUGUGGAAGAAUGAGUUUAAACUCUCAGGGUUUCAGUCAAGCAAGGAUGAUAGCAGAGAACUUGCAACGACUCUAUUUCCGUCUAUGAGUUCCAUGUUGAAAAGGAAAAAAGACCAUGGUCGUGCAGAGGCUCUACUAAUUGCUGCUUUUGGUAAAGGGCUGAAGGUGAAGCGUGAUGAUGACUUUGCACGCAUCGUGGAUGAUUUAAUCCCUGAGACACAAAACUGUCUCCAGACUGCCAAUAUUUAGGCCCCAAAUCAAGUUGCUUCUUUGAUCACCUCAAAUCUCGUGGUAAAUUGUAUUUAGUAAUAGUUAGGUUUUCAAGGGUAGAGGCUGAAGCUGAUUGUUUCCCACUGUUAAGUAGCUUCCGGUUUAUUCUUAACUACUGUGUUUACCAUUUUUUUAUGUGGGGUUAAAUUCCAUUUUCCAAAACACCAAAGUAGCUGCGCUGUUAUUGUCUUGGUUACUACUUAGUUAUUAACAUUAUAGUUCGAGUUCGAGUUAGAGUCUGUUUGCUUGAACUAUUCUGUUGGGAAACCGGGUAUUACUUGUGUUUUUAAGACAGAUGUAAUGACAUAGUUUUGGUUGUAAGAGUAGUGUAAUGUUUAUAUUUCCGUGUGAUUGAAUGUAAUGUUAUUUUUGUAGCAGAACAAAAUUGAUCCACUGUUUUUGAAAUCUUGCAUACAGGCACACAUAUGUUGAGCGCACUGCCAUUUGACCUUUUUGAAAUAAAUCAUUUUUGCUUAUUUCUCUCUCUGAAACCCUUUUUCCCCAAAUCUCUGGCGGCUCGAUUCCAGUAAAAUUGUCGCCUCCCCUCCGCUUAUUUCUCUUCCCCACCAUGGGGAGACCUUCAU